UUUAUCUAAUAAAUUGUCCUUCUAUUUUAUCGAUGCAUUUCAGACGAAUGUUUCCCUCCAUGCGUGUUUCGGUCUCUGAGCUGGAAGAUGACUCCAAUUAUUGUGUUUUGCUGGAAAUGGUUCCCAUCGGCGAUUGCCGAUACAAAUUUUCUGGUUCACACUGGAUACCCGCCGGAGGAGCUGAGCCUCAAAGCCCUCAGCGUAUGUUUUUACAUCCCGAUAGUCCAGCCACUGGCGCUCACUGGCAGUCUCAGGCUAUAAUUUUCAACAAAGUCAAACUCACCAACAACACCCUGGACAGCAAUGGACAUAUUGUGCUCGCCAGUAUGCACAAAUAUCAACCUCGUCUGCAUAUCAUUCGCACCUCGGACCUCACGCAGCUACCUUGGGCCCCGCAGAAGGCUUUCGUUUUUCCAGAGACGGAGUUC